UUCAAAGCGAUCACACGCGUAUAAUUCGAGUGCGGCACACUAAGUCCGAAAAACCAUACAAAUAAGUGUUCUGAAAAUCGAGUUGAAUAUUUAUGCAUGUUGGCGGUUGCCUAGAUUUUCUUCAAUCCUAGUGGAUUAGCGAGCCGCAUCGUUCACCCGCAGCUGCCGCAAGUGCUGGGCAGCACGGGCAUCGAGGGACGCGCCCUGAAAAGUCGCCGGAAGAUCGACGGAUCCCCGUAGUGUCCACGGAAGCACCCCCUGGCAGCCGUGUUAGGAGCCACGCGGCCGCCCACCGCGUCCACGGGAGCACCCCCUGGCAGCCUCGUUUGAAGCUACGCGGCCGCCUACUGCGUCCACCGGAGCACCCCCCAUAGUCAACCAUAAUCAAGCACCAGCAGUUUUCCCAUCGCGAUCUAAGGCCUAGAGCCCCACAGCGUUCAUUUAAUCUUAGCGGACAGAAAAGCAGCUCCGUUUGUAACCGCUUCAGCGGCUCUCCCUCGGCGGUUAACUGAGCAGCAGCAAUUAAAUAGGCAACAACCGAGUGCAGCAAUAGCUCGAUAGAGCCAAAUUUAGUCCCUCAGGAUUCCAGAAAAAUUCGCACAGUGUUUAAAUCGACCAAAAUACGAAUUUUAGGGUUCGAUCACGUGCACAUCGGAAAUUUUCCAACGGGGUUAGGGAGAGCCGGAAAGUAAAUUCGCAGCCGAGGUUUGCCCAUCGUCGAUACACUAGUGAAUGGAGAACAGCCGCGCUGCGACGCUUAAUUCCUUGAUUCGAUUUUUUUAUAAUUAAUAUAAGGGCAUACAAAUUCGCACAGUGUUAGAAUUUCCUUAACAUUUAACCCCCCAAAUAAGUGAUAGAUCGGCCAGAGUCACAAAAUAUGCACAGAAUGACGCACUGAGAGAAAAGUUGGAAAUUAAAUAAAAUAAUAUAUUAAGUAAGAUAAAAUUAUUUUUAGAAACAGAAAAGAUAGGCGUAGGUAGAACCGAACGAAAGAGAAAAAAAAAAAAUAUAUAAUCAUGUAACGGGUUCGGUUUUAGGAAUUAUUAGUUAAGAAAAUAGUUGGUUGACUAAAACAUAUGAAUGCUCUGUAUUUAUUUAACCCUUUGCGAACCAGAGUCGCUAUUCUUUUACAGUCACCGCUCGGGAGAUCGAUCUUUCGUCGUGGAGAAUACACCAAUUACCAAGGCGAUGAGGCAAUUGACACUGACAUACCCACACUGCUAGAGGCCCGCCUUUUUGACACCACGUUUGGAAAGUUUUUGUGGGUAUGCCUUCAGCCCUUCUUUUACAUUUUCCGACCACUGGUGAUUAACCCGAAGCCACCUACGCGCCUGGAAUUUAUCAACACUGUGGUGCAGCUGACUUUCAAUGCUUUUAUCGUUUACUUUCUUGGAUGGAAGCCAAUGGCAUAUCUGCUGAUCGGUAGCAUUCUCGCGAUGGGCUUGCACCCGGUGGCCGGACACUUUAUUUCGGAACAUUAUAUGUUUUCUAAAGGAUUUGAAACGUAUUCUUACUAUGGCCCGCUUAACUGGAUUACCUUCAAUGUGGGCUAUCAUAAUGAGCAUCACGACUUCCCGGCGGUGCCCGGCUCCAGGCUGCCCGAGGUUAAGCGCAUCGCCAGGGAAUUUUACGACACAAUGCCACAGCACACCAGCUGGACCCGGGUACUUUACGACUUCAUCAUGGACCCAGCAGUGGGACCAUAUGCCCGCGUGAAGCGCCGCCAGCGGGGCCUGGCCUCCUAAGAAUUCGAUGCUAUUCAAGGUUUCCUGCCGUGGAUGUAAUCUCAGCGUUAGACCUUAAGCGGUUUAUUAUGUAUAUAUACAUCGCAAAGGCGUUUACUGCAGUUGCACAAAAGUGCAGCUACGAAAUACACAGCACCUGCUAAUCUGCAAUGAUUAGAUAAUUAGCUUACAGUGGAUAUUUUGAAAGAUUAAAUGUAUAAAAUUUUUGGUAUUAGUGCUACAUUGUGAGCUUAGUUUGACUCAUUGGCUUAACUAAGAAGAACCUUCAAGCGCUUUAAUUAACUUGUAACUCAUAGUGUAUAAUACCUGUCCUAUUAUACUACUGUCCUAGAAUUUUCGAUUCAUAUUUAUAUUACUUUCAAAUCAUAAUUGUAAAACCACUAAGCAGUGUGUUUUGUCCCUCAUUGUAACCCUAACGACAGUAAUCUACUAAUCAACUAACCAAUUAAUUACUAUUUUUGAUAGCCUCUUGAAACUGUAACCUAAGAAUAAUGUUAAGAAAAUUGGCCAGGGGUGGCUGCAUGUACAGAAUACCGUUGCAACUUAUGAGUAAAAUAAAACAAAUGGCCAAAUCUUUU